GGGAAAAGUCAUCAAAACGGUGCCGUUAUGCUCAUCACCUUCCUCUUAGGAAUUCCAUAACCCUUGAAGCUGUUAUUCAGUAAAAAAGAAGAUAUAAGUAUACACAAUGGUGCAAUUUCUUGCCCUUUAAGUUCCAUUCCUAAGAUACCCAGUUUUAUUUAGUCCUUUUACUUGCCAUUUUUUGUCAAGUUAGUGCAAAAAUGCAAGUAUUCAGGUUUUCCUUAAAUUCAAUCAAGAACCGCUCUAUGCAGACCCUAAAUACAUAUGAAAGGUUUAUCCCACCUAAGCGCUUCCAUUCAGCCAGCUGCAUGAGAUCUGCUAGAAAGACUUAUGAUCCGCCUUUAUUAACUGGACCAUCCCCAACAUCAAAAUCUUGGAAACCUUAUUUAUUACCUGGAGCUAUUUUGGGAGGAUUUGGUGGACUGAUCCUUUUUCUUCAUUAUAAUGAUGAAAGGAGAGCAAUUCCAAAAGGUCAAGGUGAGAAAUUUGAAAGAAGUGCAAUCCAAGGGCCAAUCAUUGGCGGCCCUUUCAGCUUGAUUGAUACAGAAGGCCAUUUGGUUACCGAGCGCAACUUGCAAGGAAACUGGGUUCUUCUCUAUUUUGGUUAUACUUCAUCUCCUGAUGUUGGUCCAGCAGAAGUCCAAAAGAUGGCUAAAACAAUUGAUAUUCUAGGGUCAAAACAGGAUCGUCAUAAGAUUCUCCCAAUAUUUGUCACAAUUGAUCCUCAACGUGAUAAACCUUCGCAACUUCGAGCUUAUCUUAAAGAGUUUGACCCAAGAAUAAUGGGAUUAACUGGACCAGUUGCUGCUGUUAGACAGAUGACACAGGAAUACCGAGUUUACUUUAAGAAGGUUGAUGAAGAAGGAGAUGAUUAUCUGGUAGAAUCUUCUCACAAUAUGUAUUUGGUGAAUCCAAAAAUGCAAGUAGUUAGAUGCUUUGGUGUGGAAUACAGUGGGGAGGAACUGGCUGAUGCAAUAGUUAAGGAGCUAAAGAAAGCUGAGACAUAGCAAUACUCGGAGUGGAUUCAAAGUCUUCUCCAUUCUUUGUUAAAUGUUGUAUCAUCAUCCUUUCGGCCAAUUCAUGGCUAUCUGUACCUGGUGGAAUAGUCGAGGUGUGUGCAAGCUGGCACAGACCCCACCUUUGUAUAAAAAAAGAACAGGAUUUCACUUAUCUGCAUAAGACCCUAAAAACUUUAUAUUAUGAAACAUGAAGACAGUGAAAUAGGGACAGAAAUCCUGCUAAAUUUUUGUCAAUAAUGAAAACACAAAGGGAAAAGAUUGUAGAUUCUAUCAAAAGUUGUUCCUGCAAAGAAAAACACGCAACACCAAUAAAUUCAUGAGAGAUUAUUCUAAAAAGGCUCCACUAAGUCACGUAUUGGUUAUAGACUACUUCUACUAUUAUAAAACCCAUACGACAGACAUGGGAAUGGGCCUUUUUAAAAAAUUCUUUUCUCUCCCAAUAAUGAUGUUGUCAGUUUCUUUAUUGUCUUGUUUUAAUCCCAAGUCUAAUAUUACAUUUUACUGUAAAGAAGUUAGGGAAAAAGGUUGAUCCAUGAGUUUUAGUUCUAUUUUAUAUUUGUAACAACACAUGAAAAAUGUCACCAAAAUGUUCUAUUGUCCCAAAUAUGAUGGCUGCAGAAAAUCUGUCAUUACUUAAUCAAAUUGCUAUAGCAGAUAGCUUUUAGUAUGUAGAAUAUGUUUUUCUUUCAUUUUCCUGGAAUAAAUAGUGGAAAGGACAGUCCGCCUCCAACCUUGACGUUGGGGGGUCCCAAUCACCAAGGGAGCAAGUAGGGAAAGAAGUCGAGAACAACGGUUGGCUUCUAAGUUGAGUGGAGUCCGUCCUUGGGGUUUAGCAUAUCAAAUGAAAAGAAAAGAAAAGAAAAAGUGUUGCCUGCAGAAUGAAUGUCAGCUGCAGAUUGAUUACGAGUUUGAUGCAGAGUUACUUAAUAAAAGCAGUCAAGUAUUGGAAAGGAGCCACAUCCUUAGUUCUUUUGCUAUCAUAGAAGAACAUUGUAUUUAUUAUGUGGGAUUUUAUGGGGAGAUUAGAUCUUUUUUAUGAAUCCAACUAAACCACCCCUUAGUGUAUGAGCAAUAUCAGGUACGGUACGCCUGUGUGUAAAAAUAGCUUGCGACUUAUAGCCGGAGAACAUUACCAGGUUGAUUUGCACUAAGCUGAUACUUUUCUUAACUAUUAUGUCAAGUGUACACAUUCAUGGAGCUUGUUGUAAAACAUUAGUUCUGUCUUAAGAGUUAUAGAGAUGAGUGAAAAUCCUACCUUCAGUACCUGGGAACUUCUGCUACAUGAUAUAAGAUGCUACUUUUCACUAUUACAAGUAGCAGCUAUUCUUUUCACAGAGGUUUAGAAGAUGAGAAUGAAAUUACUUAGCUUUCUUACCUAUACUAGAAUUUUAGCUCUGGUUUCUCAUGAUCUAUCCCAGUUUUAUUGAAUGCGAGGUGGAUCCAUUAUAUGAAUCCUGUAAUUCAUUUGGCUCUAUUUAUAGCUGCUAUGUUCAAAUACUCAAAAGUUGAUGUUAAC